UGGCUCAGCUUAGCGUGAGGAGCUGAACCAUGGCUUGGCACCAUGCCCACCAUGGCUCUUUAACCACCUUGUGAUGAAGGCCAGUGGGCAGCCCAAAGCCAAUGCAUCCGCAUCCAGGACCACUCCGGCGGCCAAAGGCAGUCCCGCCUUGAGGAGGCGACCGCCGAGUGUGGCCAAGGCCACACCGCGGCCUCGCUCGAGCAGCCCAACCGAGAGACGCAGCGUGGCAGAGGUACAGACCCAGCUGAAGCCAGCUACGAAGGCCGCAGCAAAGGCAAAGGCAGAAGCCAAGGCAAAAGAAGCCAAGGCAGCCAAAGAGGCUGCGGCCAAAGAGGCGACUGGCCAGGAGGCUGCGGCUGCCAAAGCAAAAUCAGCAAAGGAAGCAAAGGAGAUUUCGGACGGCGAGGAGAAGCCGGAGAAAGAGAGUGGAAAUGAAACAGUUGUGACAGUUUCAGGAGAUCCACUUGCCGAGGCUGUAGAAGUGGCCGCUUUCACAGAAACCAAAGCCCCGGCGGAGACACAGGCAGUGGAUGUUCCCAACAAAGCGGACAUUGAUGUGCCGUCUGUGCCGAAGGAGAGGCUAGUAUCAGCGCCGCCGCGAGUGGCAGAAGCGCGUGUAGCAUCUCCGCCACCUCCUAUGACUCUUGAGGCGCUCUACGCGGAAAACUCCCGCCUUAAGCAGGAGUUGGAGCGUCAGCGUGCGGAGAUUCAGGAGUUGCGAUCACAGGGCAUUGCUCGAACACAAACAGUGGUGCAUGAGCCACGCGCCACGUAUAUAGUUACGGCGGGGUCCAGAAGCAGCACUCCGGCAAAGGCCCGCUGCGGUACAUAUUCCGUUCCGGUUCCAUGCAGGAGCCCAGCUGUGGCAGCAGGUAUUUGUCCCUACCCGGUGCAAAGUAGAGCCGCUUUAUCACCAAGAGCGGACAAGCUGGCUUGUAAAACCCUGCACAUGUUUGGUAAAAAUCCCUCGCCAGGUUAGAGUGGUUUCUCCGCCUCCUUUCGCGGCGGCAGAUACAAGGACACCCAGGCAAGUGGACCACCCGGUCUUCCUACCAGUCACCUCGGUCUAUGCCGCUCCCUACAGUGCGGGCCAGGUUGGACCUGUUUACAUGAAGCCUGUUCUCAGACUACAAUCAGCUCCGCAACCUGGACUUGGAUCACACACAAUCUCUUGACCUCGACAUCGAGAAAUAUCCAAACA